UUGUAUACCGAGUACUUAGUACUAUUAUACAAAGUGAGUGGUAGGCAAAGACUCUAGUUCCUCGUAAAACAACUCGUUUUAUUCGAUUUCUUUUAUUAAUUUAAUUUAUUUAAAUACUUUAAUAUUAAAUCUUUCUUUUUUUUGUAAAUAUAAUUUAGCGUUAAUUAUAACCGUAAAACGUGUGCGUGUGUUUUUCCUUCAACCACAGGGCGACCAGAACAACUCAGAACAUCGAGACCAGCGCUUUUCUCGAUUUGUAUUGUAAAGAUAUUUAGUGGUGAGUUGAUUUUCUUCCAAUCAAUAUUUUUGUAUAAAUGAUUAUGAAUUUAUUUUGUUGUUACCACUCGGAAUAUCAAUAAAUGAUAUUUCAUUUCCGGGGAAUCCCUAAUUGAUGUUCUCGGGUGGUAUUUCCAUUGAUCUUUCAUAUAAUAUUAUUCCGACAAUUUUUAUUGUAUUUCUUUAUCAUAUGAAAUCACUGUUGUUCAAAUCUGGGAUAUUAAUAAAUGAUAUAAUUCAUUCCGGGGUAACCUUAGUUGAUAUCCCAGAAGCGAAUAAAUAUAUAUAUUUUCAUUGUUUUCUUCUAUACAAUUUAUGUUCAAUUUUAUAUGAAUUAACUGAAAGAAUGAAAGAUUGUGAUCUAUUAUAAAUAUGUAAAUUUCAAGGUCUAAUCAUUGGUUAUUAAAAUACACAUCAGACAAUGAUAUUUCAAUAGUAAAAUAGCUUUCAAUAUUUAAUUUAAAUUCACCGUUGAAUCCGCUCGCAUCCUAACCGUCUAUCCUAUUAAAUACGAAAGAGAAAUUCACAUACGAGCCAGGGCCCGUACGGGACUGCUGUGACAAAGACCUGACCUUGCCGAUAGGCAAGUAAAAUAUAUAUAAUAAUAUUUAAAAAUUAUUUAAGCUGUGACGCAGGAAUCUGUGUCCCACGUCACAGCUUAAAGUUUUCAUUAUAAAUCGGACGUUUCAUGUGCUACAACCUCACAUUGAUAUUAACGCGUGCUGUUUUACCGGCCUGCUUGUUCGCUGGCUCGAGCGUCCUGGCUUACGCCUAUGCUCUGAGCGCGCGCUCCUCGAGCGCUGUGAUUGGUCAGUGUUUUUCGUUAAUAAUUCAAAAACAAAGCCCCAUUUGACAUAUUUGCAAAGGAAAUUGUUGUUCAGAAUCGUCUCAGCUACCCCCCAUUUCCGACUCCUCUCCGACGUUUGGGACACCCUGUAUAGGUUAGAGUAAGGAAUAGCUGGAUUAGGAAUAGCUGUCAAUUACUAUGACAGUGGAAGAAAAUUUGAGUAGAAAAAUUGAGUAAGUAUCUGUGUACAUAAGGUGGAAAUUGGAUAAUAACCGAGGAGAAAAUUUUUAAUUUCUCAAGGAAGAUUAAGAAGAUAGUAAACCAGAUCAAUGAACUUGACACGGAACUUUUUUUAGUGGGAUUCAAUAUUCAAAGUUCCCAUUACUUGAGUCCUGUGAUAUGUUGUUGAUGAUCAGCCAGAGUUAAAUGGUGAAUUACAAGAAAAAGCAGUUUUACACUUUCAUCUAUAUUAACACGUUGAGCGCGGCGCCGAAAUUUCUGUCCUUUCCGUUUAGCCGGCAUCGGCAGCGAGCUAGCGUUCCUCAAAUGAUGCGAUGUUAUAAGGUGACCGCGACUAGAAAGCACGCAACUUCACGCACUGUGUAGUGCUGAUCUACUGAUGACUUUGUCGGCUACCGACACAGAAGCGUGACGAAGUCCAUAUUCGCACUGUUUGACUUCGGCAAAAUUUCAGUCUUGGAGUGAAACAAUGAAACAGCCAAUGCAUAUGUACCUCCAAGAAGCAAUCAGUUGGAAGAAAGUCACGGAAGCGUACACAUUAUUUGAGAGUAUAAAAUUCAGUGUGUUUUUUAGAAUAUUUAUUGCCUAUAAGGCCGAAAAUGUUCGAAAGAGAAGAAGAUAGCGAGACAUCAAGCGAAGAAUUUUUGCCAUUCAAACGUUGCCGGGUAUUACGGUUAUCAUCAUCAGAAGAUGAUAAUUCAUUAGACCAGGAAGUGGAACUUGAGAAUGACAGAAGUGGCAUAGGUGCUAAUGAAACCUGUCAUCGAAAUGAAUGGUUUGAUCCAAAUGGCAAUCAGCCAAAUAUUGUGCCUUUUACGAGUGCCUCCGGCGCUAAAAAAACUAAUGAGAAAGUGCGAAAUUGUAAGACAGCAGAAGAUUUUUAUGCACUUUUUGUCACUGACGAAAUGUUUGAACACAUCAGUGAGCAAACAAAUAUUUAUGCUGCUCAAUCAGGAAUCGCUUCUCAACGUACAGAUAAGUGGACGCCAACUAAUAAAAAUGAGAUAAAGCGUUUAUUUGGGCUAAUAAUAUGGAUGGGAAUGGUGAAACUUCCAUCCUUACGUCUGUAUUGGUCUCAAGAUCCAUCCAUAUUUUCUCAAACAUUCCCGCGAACAAUAAUGAGCAGAGAUAGAUUUGAACUCCUCAUGAGAAUGUUGCAUUUCGCAGAUAAUGAAGCAGUUGACGCAUCUAACCGUCUAUCAAAAAUUCAAUUUAUUAUAGACAAAUUAAAUAAAAAUUUUGAAAAAUAUCAUGAUCCACCUGAGGUAUUAUGCAUCAAUGAAUCAUUAAUCCCAUUCCGCGGCCGCAUUAUAUUCAGGCAGUAUUUAAAACAAAAAAGACACAAAUAUGGCAUAAAAAUAUUUAAAUUAUGCUGUGGUCACGGAUACACAUAUUAUUUUCAUGUGUACACUGGAAAAGCUCUUGACAAGGAAAAUAAGACACCGUCAAAUGUUGUAAUGUCUUUACUAAAAAAUUUAUUUCAUAGAGGCCACACCUUGUGUACUGAUAACUGAUACACCAGUGUCGAUUUGGCGAAUAACCUAAUAGAUAAAAACACACAUCUGAUUGGUACACUUCGAAAAAAUCGUAAAGGAAACCCAAGUGAAGUAAUAAAAACUAACUUGAAACGUGGAGAAAUUAUCGCCAAAGAAAAUAAUCAGGGUAUUACUGUGUUGAAAUGGAAAGACAAGAGAGAUGUUUUGGUCUUGUCCACAAAACAUUCCAGCGAAAUGAUAAAUGUAAAAACAAAAAAAAAAGGAUUUUGCUUCAAACCAAAAAUUGUGGCUGAGUAUAAUAAAGCAAAGACCUGUAUUGACUUGUCAGAUCAGAUGAGUUCUUAUAGCAGUCCCUUGAGAAAAACUCUCAAAUGGUAUAAAAAAUUAGCCUUCGAGUUAUUUCUAAAUACUGCUGUUGUAAAUGCCUUGUUCAUGUUUCAAGAAGUAACAGGAAAAAAAAUAUCAGUCACGGCAUUUCGGAGACAAUUGGCGAAUGCCCUAACACAGCAGUUAGAUGAGGAAAUUUCAAAUCAACAAAAAAAAAUUAUUCAUAAAUUACACAAGAAGGAAGGAGAGUCACAUAAAGUUCGAAAAUACUGUUCCGGAUGCUACAAUAAAAAUUCAAGAUUAUUUGGACGCAAGCAAGCCAAAAAUUUGACAAAAAAAUUUGUUACAUAUUGUAAUACAUGUAAAUCUAAGCCACAUCUUUGUUUAGAAUGUUUUAAUAAAUUUCAUUGAAACUACAUUUGUCUACAUUUCAUUGAGACUACAUUCAUUUGUUAACUUUAAUACUGCCGGUCCCAGUGACUGACACCGGUCAAACGAUAAGUCUAGAGCCGGUCCCCAGGGACCGGCGCGGGGCUCAACGUGUUAAUAGCUAGCAUUUAAUGUGAUUCUGUAGUUAUUACAUGCGUCAAAUGAUGUUAAGCUUCUUCAAUACAAAUUCCACUUUAGUUUAUUUUAUAUAUUGAAAAGUCUCACGAUAUCUAAUAAUGUAUCUACUUAAACAAUACUUACUUGUAGUUGUAAUUAUGCAGUAGUUAUACUUGUCCUAAUUAAACAUUCUUCUACGUAAUUAUAUAUGUUUUAAUAGUUAUUCUAAUGUUGCAACGCAACUAUUAUAACAGAACAUAGGGGAAACAUACAGUUUUCAAUGAAAUACUUGGACAAAUGGCAAAAAUAUUGAAUAAAGAAAUGCACUUAUGCACGGUUUUCUGUUAAUAUAUCCUCAACGAAGCCUCGGGCAACAUUUUCGCAAAGGAAGAAGUUGUUUCAAAUCACCUCCCGAACCACCUCUUGCAAUGUGUUACAACAUCUUUGGGACACCCUGUAGUUCGUUAUCGGUAAUAGAGUCAGUGACGGCGAGUCAUCGUUUCACUGAGCUGCGCUCUACGAGGUAAAAAUAUUUCUCAGGCUACUACUCUUCAACUAACUACUCCAAUGGCAUCAGUUAGCAGAUUCUUCAGGCGUAACUACCUACUCCGAUGGCAUCAUUAGCAGAAUCAACGUUCAGGCGAUAAAGAUUAUUUGGCGGCUGAUGAGUUGCAUGACGAUUUUUGUUCCUCCGAUCAUCAACCAUCCCGUAGGAUAUAAAGGUCCGAAUCGGCACUGGUAAUCGGUUGUAUACGUGAAUUUAUGGCGAGUAUAGUGAUCGCGGGUGGUCGUCCUACCCAAUCAUCAUCAUUAUCAUCCGGCGAGCUGCUCACCUUCUUUGAUCGUAUCGCACAGUAGGAAAACCAAACUGAAGGAAACGAUUUGCAGAAGCAAAUUACGACGUGCAUGGGCGAGAAAGUUAUUGCAACGGACAAUUGCAUUUUGCAAUGGUGGACAGAGCACGAAAUUCGAUUUGCUCAUUUAGCGCCGAGGAUAAAAAUCUAUUAGGCAUUCCAUUAACGCAAGCGUACAGCGAGAGGUUAUUUUCAAGAGCUGGCAAUAUUGUCACGGAAAAGCGGACAUGUUUGUUGUCAGACAAUGUAAAACAAAUCUGUUUGUUAAAUGCAAAUUGUUGUAUUAAUUAUUGUAUUAUUAUCUAAUUGUUAUUGUCAUUAUCAUCAUUAUCCUAACAUCAUAAUCACGGAAUAAUAUUUAAAUACAUAUAGAAUAUGCUCAAAUUUCUUCUACGCUUCUUUAAUUCAUUUAAACACUCCAUUGUUAUCUCUACUGUUCCAUCUAAUUUUUCAAAGCUCUCUCUUUUCUACCGCUGCUUUAUUUUCCAUCUCAGUAGUAAACACUUUAUCUCGUUGCUAUGAAAUACAAAAACUAAAUUAACUGCAUAAACAUGUACGUAUAUAAUAUAUAAUAUGCAUGUAGCUUAGAAGAUACAGCAGCAAGUACUUGAUUCGUAACAAAUAUUAUUUAAAUAUUUUUUAGUUAUUUGAAAGUUUCGUACAAUUUGUUAAAAAGAUUCCUAGUUCUGAGAUAGAUGCAACACAAUGUUGCAGCUUUUCCAAUUAGUUUUCGAUUUAUUACGAUUUUACCGAAUGACCAAGUUCCCAGAGGUUCGCGAAAAAAAAAACUCGCUGUUACUGUAUUUAAUACGACAUGAUUCUAUUGGAAAUCCUACUUAUAUUUUUCUCCUAUCAUACAUCGCCUAGCUAACACAGUAUUUUCCUUUGCCUUCUCCACUUCCUAAAACCUUAACUUUCACUUUUCCACCAGGUCUCUGUCCGUCAAGAACCCAUAAAUUUCCCACCCCCAAAAACCUUUUUCCCGACCUCGCUCACGGUCGCCCACGAUCGAUUCUUCAGAUCCUUCCGGGCAGUCAACCGAGCUACUCUAAGCAUAUUUUAAUUGUUAGAGACCUACAGUAAGAAGUAAAAGUGUUAAAUAAAUAAUUUGUUAAGAUUAUUCCUUUUCACUUCAAUCUGGUUCUCCAACUAUUCCUAUUUGCCCAUUUUCUAACGAAAUGGUUCCAAGUGCGAAGCUUUAACAGUUCCACUUUUAUUUUAAGCGAGUCUUGUAAAAAGUGGGAAUACAUAGACGUUAGAUAGGAUUGAAACGAUAGCGGGGACAGUGAACUUAGAGAGCAUGACCUUCAACUCGCAUCUCGUACAAUCAGCUGGCUUUUCCGCCAUACACAGUCAAAGGCAACGCGUAUACUGUAUACGCUAUCGCGGUGCAGCGACCAAUGUCCCGUAUUAGGUUACAAGCGGUAACCGUGCAUUCACUUAUAGUAUCGUGUUGCCAUAAACUUUGCGCAACCAAACAAAUUCAAACGGCCGUGUAAUAAGAUAAACGUAUGUCGAAUGAUUCAUCCACCAACGGUGCCAUUCAUAAUUAGACCAGCGAUAAUGAAUUCCAACUGUGCACUGUAGAUUUUAAUGCAUUUUUAUGAAUGAUUAUCUAUUAUUUAAAUAGUGCUCGACAAAU